UGCACAGCACAAUGGGCACGGUAGUGCUCUACUCUGCUCCCCCUCGACAACAUGGCGGAUCGAUCAGUCGCGGCGAGUGUCAGUCUGCCGUUGCCGCCGCAUCAGUCUAAUAACGCGCCAGCAGCCUUCCAGCAAGCAUCAGCCUCUAACCUCAAGUCGUCCAACAACAGAUAGCCGAGCCAGCGUAUUCGCCUACUUUGUGAUAUACAAACGUCCUGUGUGUCCGACUUUUUCUAAUAACACGCCUUCAAACUCGCCGAGGAACUGCUCUGCAGCAGCUUUCGACGCAGACGCGAAGAGCUUGUGCAUAUAGUGCUGCAUCGUGUCGAGAGUUCGCCUGCACUUGCGUCCGAAUCCUGUGUGUGUGUAUCUCUGUAUUCGAGCUUGACGAAAGCUUUCCCGUGCCUUUGUUUUACGUUAUACGCAGAGACGUCGUGCGUGUGACAUCAUCGUGAUUCCGUCGUCUAAAACAGUGCGCACAGUGACUAGCUGAUGUAAGAACGCCGGAGGAGGGUGUAGCCGCGUGCUGAGCAAUACCACCCCCUCGAGGAGGAGGAGGACGGAUCCACACAUACACACCUGCAUACACACCUGGGCUGUGCCUACUCGCGCUUCUGCGGAUUUUCGUGCUCAAUGUCGAUGUUUAUGAAGAGUGAUUUGUUGCUCGUCAUGCGCGAGCAUCGUUAUACACGACGAAGUAAGGAAAUGAAGUUGCAUUAAAAGUGCAGAUAAUAAAAGUCUCAAUUCGUCACUAACUCAAAGUGUGCUCAAAAACAAAGAGAUGCAACUGCCAAGUAUAAUAAAUCAGAAUUGAAACAAAAAAAAAUUCUGAAACCUCAGAAAAAUCCAUUCGAUAGUUGUUGGAAAAAGUGUGCGUUGAAAAAGAUAUACGAUAAUGACUUGAAAAAAAAACUUAAAUGGAAAAAGGCAUUGAAGAAACUGAAGAUUGGAUAACAGUUUGGUUUUACAACAGGAUGUGAAACACAUCGUACGUCAAACCGUAAAACAAUAUGAUAACGAUCGAGCAUGAGCACUAUUUAUUGCUUCGAGACCGACAUUUUCAUUCAACACGAGCUGUAAUUUAAUUUUGCACGUUCGAAAUUGAAAAUGAAUCAAAAUAAAUAGUUACUCUCUUGCGAGCAAAACAAAAAUAAUAGUGCAACCUCCUCGCUAAAAGCAUAUCUCCAUGAUAAAUCGCUAGUAACGUGAACCAUCUGAAUUCAAAAGUGCAAAAACAGAAACACUUCCACACGUUCGCUCGAGGCUGGAGGACAAUCUAAUAAUCCGCGCGGAGUCGUCGUCGACGCUCAGCGUCGUCAAGGAGUACUCAUCGGAACAGCUGCUGCGGCGGCAGGCCGAGGAGGCCUGUCUGGAGAAAGGUAUCCUGGAGUCACGUCAGCGCAAUGUCGACGAGGACUGCAUCACCGGCAGCCUGGAGCAAGACGACGAUGACGACCCGUACGAGUACGACGAAGACAUACCGAGGACCGAAGCGGAGGUGCAUCGCGCCACGGGACUGCUACAGUUGUCCUUGUCGUCGAGUAGUCAGUCCUCGGGGACCGAUAAUGUCUCGCAACUGUGGACAUGCCAGAGUUGUGGCGGUGGACCCAGUACCCCCAUCUUCGUGCUGAGCUCGCCUGGAAAUACACCCUUUCUAUGCAGCGACCGGGUGAGCCAAAUGACCAAGACUUAUAAUGAUAUCGAAGCAGUGACAAGGCUUCUGGAGGAGAAAGAGAAAGAUUUGGAAUUGACGGCGCGCAUCGGCAAGGAGCUCCUCUCACACAACCAGAAGCUUGAGUCAACGGUACAGGAGCUCGAAAAUGAGUUGAAGACAGCGAACGAGAAGAUCACCCAGCUGACGUACGAGGUUGGCAAGAAGACCGAGCUCAUCCAGGUGCUGACCAACGAUGUCGAGGAGUCGGGCGGCUCGGAGGCCGGUACGCCAACCGGCUUCCGGGGCAUCAACCUCGACGUCAUGCAGCGCAAGAUAAGCACUCUCGAGGACGAGAACAAGCAGCUCAGGACCGAGUUCUCCAAACUCGUGCACGAGGCCGACGACUGCGAGGAACAGGAGGCUCGGCUCGUCAAGGAUAUCGCCAACCAACUGGCAAACGCCAACAUGGAGGUGGACGGUAUAGCGGAGGAGUUGGACAGGCAGAAGGAGGAGAACAGGCUGCAGCAUGAGCAGAUCAUCAACUUGACGGCGAAGCUCUCCGAGACGGAACUAAGGUUAGCACAGUUGAUGGCCGAGCACGACGAGGUCAACACCAACCUCACCAUCACGAGGGAGAACCAGAACGCUCUGGCCGAUGAGCUGGCCAAGUUCAAGGAUCGCUACGCCGAGGUCGUGAGCAUGCUAUCGGAGACACAGGAACAGCUGAGGAACCAGCGCAAACGGUCUAUGCCCGUGGCUCGCGGUGGCGCGCUGUUCCCGUCCCUCAUGGCGGCGCCUCAGCCGGACAGCAUCGCACUGGAAUUGGAGUCGUCGCUCUACUCCGAGUCGAGUUUGGAUUCUGGCAUUAGCGCCGAUAGGAUACCAACGUACAAGAAGGUGUUCGAAACGGUCAAGAGCGCCUCUCGGGCAUCAGCAAACACUACCACUGAUGGUCAUCAGUUCCCGCGGCUGGGUUCCAUGACCACAUCGACUUUAUCAAGCAGUUCCUUUGGACCACGAAUGAGUUCCACCAUGCAGGGACGAGGCAGGCACGUCGGUUCGACCUUCCCAAGCCUCGACUCUACAGGUCACAGUGAUAGCGAGGGUUCUCUUCUCACAGAUUCGGAAGAUUAUCCUGGCCCACAACAGACGGGCGUCCCAGGUGCGCCUGGUGCUGCAGAUCUCGAGGCGGCGCUGCGUAGGCUGACUCCCGCAGAAGUGAUAGCUCGUCGAGCUUGCCUUAGUUCUGGUGCUGGUUAUAGCUAUGAUUACGACGGAGGUAUGCAGUCACCGCCGAACUUCGUGCCGUUUGGUUGCCGCACGCCUGACAGCAUCAUGUCCACGGGUAGCAGCGGCAAUUUGAGCGGUUUCAGCGGUAACAGCUCUGCGAGCUGGCGUUUACCCGAGAAGCUGCAGAUAGUCAAGCCAAUGGAGGGCUCGCAGACCCUUCACCAUUGGUCACAACUCGCCACACCGACAUUAGGUGGUUUAUUAGAAGACCGGCCGGGUGUAAAGACCCGUGGAGGUCGAGGUCUCGAAGAUCUCGGUUUGGAAACGUUCACGCUCACCGACGUUGAAGAGGACGAGGAAUACCUCAACCCGGGCAAGCUCUUCCAGGACACGGGCUCUGUCUAUACAUAUACCAACAGCACAGUCAUGCACCCGGACGACCACACGAACCUCACCUCGAGUGUCGUUUCCAGCCGAGUCGCCAGCCAGCCCAACAGCGGUAUGAACUCGGGCAUCAACACUCCGCGCAUGCUGAGUCGUCGUAACUCCACGUCUACGUUCUCUACGACCCUUGGACUCGCUAAGAUGCUUAACGAACGCGGCAUCAAGGCAGUUACGCCUUCCUGUGUCUCAACACCCAACGCAGAGAAAAACUUUACGCCUACGACGACGCCUUGCAACAGUCCCGAUGGUAGUCCCGUACACUCGAGAUCAGCUUCUCCGACGCCUUCGUCUUCCUCGAUGCCGUUUGGUUUGUUUGCGACCGGGGCCGAGCUUCUUAAGCGAACUUUUACCGGCGAAUCACCUCAACAAACGCCACAACAGACACCGACGAAUAGAAAGAGCAGGCGCGAAAACUUCAAACAGAGCAAGAAACAGCAAGGCGGCGGAAGGCUAGUUGAAAGGCUAGAACGUAUUGGCUUUGAUAGCAUUAUGGCUUCGGGCACAGGUAUGCCGCAAUUGGCUCUUCAAGGUGCUCUAUACUCACGCCGUGAGAGUCCGAUGGCGCAACUUACAUUUUUGAAAGGUUCGAUGUCAUCUGAGAAGCUGGGUUCUGAGGCAAGCUCUUCCACUUCGAGCUGCGGUGCUUCGUCUAUCAGUGAUGACUCACGUUGCGGAGUCUCCUUUGCCACCGGCAGAGAUGAAAGAUCUAAGACGGAAAACGACAUUGAAAAUUUCGCCUCAACUAGGAGAGCAUCGGCGAGGCAAAGGCGUAGCGGCGGUGCAAGAGCCACGAGGCCGGAUCUUGGUCAAGUGAGACCACCUUCUGGUGUUACAGGCUCAUCAUCUACAGUGCCCGUUACAAAGGAAUCUUCGGCGGCACAAACGGCGCUUGGUACUAUUAGUUCGCUCCUGUUUGGUCGUAAGGGCGGUUUAUUAUAAGAAGUUAUUAAGGGCAAUAGUUAAGCUUUUACAGUCUGAUGCUAAACGAAUCGAAGAUUUUUCGUUGAUUUGGCUUCAGAUUUUAGAGGGUUAAUCGAUGAUACCUUGGUUCUGAUAUUCAAAGUAAUAGUUAUUUCUGAAAACGAUCAAACGAAGUACGGUGGUAAAUUUUAAAUAUACAUUGUUAAUACAUAUAAAUAAAUGCGAUUGACAAGUUUUUAUUUAUAUUAAUCUGUUAAUAUAUUUAAAAACGUAAUGAGUAAGUAACAAUUCAUAAGUUUUUACCGAUUAGGUAUUAUGAAAAGUGCAUCGUUUUCAACGUGAUUUGUUAUCUAACCAGGGUCAUUAUCGUUGCUCUUGACUCACUUUGAACUUCUAGCAGUCUGAUAGGUUUACAUUUAAAUAAGUAUGCAAAAAAAUAAAAAAUGCCCUUCGUUAUAUUCCUCCUUUUGACGCAAAUAUGUCGGAGACAUACUGAGGGGGAUUAUUACUUUCGGAUUUUAAAGAGCAAUUUUUGUUUGCUAUAUGGAUAUGAAAGAGUUAAGAAUUAUAGACUGUGUAACUUUUUCUUUUCGACGCGAGCAAUAGUAUAUUAAAGUACUAUGAGAUUAUAUUAUUGCAAUUACAGUAUGAAAGAGCAUUUUAUUUGUCUGUUAAAGUGAGGCAAUAAGAACGAACCGUUAAUUGAUAUUUAAAGUUCCCACAAAUGUGUGAUUUUUAAUAGUUUAAAAAGUAUUUUUUUAAUUAUUUUCGCGAUAAAAAUUACGUUUUGUAGGAAAUUUUAAAUAUUCUUCUAAAGUCUGCUUUUAUGACAAAUAAUCAGUCGUGCUAAAUUUUAUUACUUGUGGAUGCAAAACUAAUGCGUAAACGAUGAUUAAUUUCAACACUUUUUUAAAAACGCUACAAUUACUUUUCAUAUCCAUCAAAAAAAGCAAUUCAAAUAAUGAUUAUUAAUUUUCCUUUCUUGUAAACUAAUUUGCUUAGAAAAAAUGAAAAAAAAAAUAAUAGCACUCGUUACUAGUUAAUAUUAUAGUUUGGUCAAAAUAAUAUUAUAAAUGAAAAUACAAAAGCGAAAAAUAAGACAAAAGUAUCCAUACCCGAUUUGUUACCCAUAUGCUAACAAAUAAAAGUCAAAAGAGCUGUAUUGAAAGGUGUUAUCACCUUUGGCGGAGGCCUUUUAUAAUUGUAAGAUUGAUGAGAUUAUUUAAUUGAAGAAAAGUUCACGAGUGUAGAAGCGAGCAUUUUAUGAAUUUACUAAUGGUGCAUUAACGAUUGUAGAAAAAAUGAGAGAGAGAAAAGAGAUCCAAGUAUUUUCGAGGUGAUGAUAUCGCUGUAGCGCGAUUCAUUUUGUAUGUACAGGCAUUGCGAUACACGGUAUGAAUCCUUUAGACUUUUGUGUUUGUACAUAGAAAGCCUUUAUGUAGUCAUAUGACACGAAGCUGAAUAUACACAUUUAUUUAUUUAUGCGUCGACGAGACAUUAUUAUUUACAAAGAGGAAUACAGAUUAUCAAACGCGGGAUACAGAACGUGAAAAUAAAAUUCAAAAAUAUGGAGUUUAUUACUCCGCGCAUUAUCGAUGAACCUUAACCAUUUAAUGUAUAUCAAAUUAAGAGCACAAAGUAACCAGAAACUUAAUCGUGUUGAUGCGUGAGCAAAAUUAAUUAGCGAGGCUUUUCGAAUCACAAAUUUAGUGCCAAUUUCUUUUAAUUCCAGUCAGCAAAAGGCGUUAACUUAAUUAAUAUAUUUCAUUUUCAUCUUGUAUUUAUGUAAUCGUUUUUAUCGUUAAAUCGGUGAAAUUUGUCACGUCGCCAUUUCGUAUAUGCGUUUUCACUGCGUCACGGCUAUUGCCGGUCUUCGGAUUAUGAAGACCAAGCACUUAGCACCAUUUGUCUGGAGAAGACGCGAAAAUUUGUAAAUAAUUUUAGAAAAAA